GUGGCGCGCGGAGGCCGGCGAGCAGUGGCGAGACAUGAUCGUGUACCGCGGGGCGCCCGAGCCGCUGACGCCCCCGCACUCCAGCCCCGAGAGUCUGCCCGUGGACCACCGCUUCCCGCCCUCGCUCCUAGCGAGCAUCCCCAAGUGCGGCGGCUGCCAGCAGCUCAUCCUGGACAGGUUCAUCCUGAAGGUGCUGGACCGCACGUGGCACGCCAAGUGCCUCAAGUGCAGCGAGUGCAGCGGCCAGCUGAGCGACAAGUGCUUCGCGCGCAACGGCCAGGUCUUCUGCAAGGAGGACUUCUUCAAGCGCUACGGGACCAAGUGCGCGGGCUGCGAGCAGGGAAUCCCCCCCACGCAGGUGGUGCGACGCGCGCAGGAGCACGUGUACCACCUACAGUGCUUCUCCUGCGUCAUGUGCAGCCGGCAGCUCAACACGGGGGACGAGUUCUACCUCAUGGAGGACCGCAAACUCGUCUGCAAGCCGGACUACGAGGCCGCCAAGUCCAAAGACGGUGCGUGCCUGGACGGGGACCAGCCGAACAAGCGGCCGCGGACGACGAUCACGGCGAAGCAGCUGGAGACGUUGAAGCUGGCGUACAACAACAGCCCGAAGCCGGCGAGGCACGUGCGCGAGCAGCUCAGCCAGGACACCGGCCUCGACAUGCGCGUCGUCCAGGUCUGGUUCCAGAACAGAAGAGCGAAGGAGAAGCGGCUGAAGAAGGACGCGGGCCGCACGCGCUGGAGCCAGUACUUCCGGUCGAUGAAGGGCGGCUCGUCGCCGCGGCAUGACAAGCUGCACGACAAGGACGACAAGCUCGACCUCGACUCCAACUUCAGCCACACGCACGACCUGAAUAGCAAUGACAGCUACAGCACGGUGGUGAAUAUGGGCAUGGACGGUGAGGGAUCGAGCCCGCAGUCAGGCAGCAGCCGGCCUGCAGGGCACUUCCUGCAUGGGGGCGGCACCGGCCCCGGCACACCGCCCUACCUGUCGGCCAGCCACUCCCCCACAGCGCUGGGACCUGCCUUCCCGUAUGCCGGUGACGGUCUCGCUGUCUACACCACGCUCGGUCAAGGACCACCUCCGGGGCACCUCCCACCAGGCCACCCUGGCCUGGCUAGCGGUCCAGCCUCUGAUCUCAGCAACAGCAGCAGCACUCACGGAUACCCCGAUUUUCCACCGAGUCCUGACUCCUGGCUGGGCGAAGUCGGAUCAGCACCCCCACCAGGUCCACCGGGGCCACCUGCACCGCAGCCGUACUGACCCCGCCACCCUACUGCCAGGCAUCGGCCUGCAUCCUAGUGACUGUCUAAUGAGAGUGGAAAGCUGCACAGUUGAUUCCUGCACAGACUGUUAUUAAAUUGCAUUAAGUUGUCUAUUGGGCUAAGAUUGCAGGAAUGUUUCAGCUACUAUCUCUGGGUUGUGGAAAGUGGUGUACACUUCUGUAUAAUAGACACUGUACCCUAAAAUUCGUGUGGAUGGAACACUAAGAAUUUUUAUUUAUUUCCUUUGGCUGUGGUGCACCAUGCAGCAAAUAACUAAUUUCGUGAAUACCACAUCUGGCACACAAUUCACUGCAUAUCUCCACUUUAUCAGAUGCCAUAUCUGCUGUAACAAUUUUUCGAAACAACAUAGUUUUGGUGCCAAUAGCAACAAUGGCUCUAAAUUUUGAUGUGACUUUGUCCUAAUACUGUUCCAUUACUCAUCAAAAGAUUUAGA